AUGUCUAUCACCCCAGCGAUAGAUCAGUUAGGCAAUCUAGCUAAUGUGGAUUCAUUCUGGAAAAACGCGAUUUAUGGAAUUGUACCAAUAGUUCUCAAUGGGUAUGAGUACCUGAUCACCCUGGACCAAGAAGUCACGCUAUUCUGGAGACGCAAAUGGACGGGUGCGACAGUGCUGUUUUUUGCGACGCGCUACCUGGGCCUUUUGAGUUUUACAAUCCUCACGGCGGCGACGUAUGCUCCGCUCUCCGAUAAGAAAUUGUGCUUAUGGUUGGGCCCCAAGAGCUGCACACCCCUCGCCUACGUUCAAGCCUAUUUCAGCGUGAGCCAGUAUAUCGCGUGGGCUGCUUUCUCCGGUCUACGUGCCCUCGCGCUGAGCAACAUGAACUGGGCAUUGGCAUCCGCUGUGUUCAUCUUGGGGCUUGGCCCUUUUGCGAGUAACAUGUGGGCACUGUCGUCUGGCCUUACCGGGAUCUCCGUUCCCCCGUUUGGAUGCGGCGGUGUUGCGGGUUUGACUCCCAAUAUGUCUGAAUUGUGA